AUGUCGAUCCACUCAGAGAAGAUUAUUGCGUGCGUCAAUGCUUUGCGGGAUGUAAUCCCCACAAAUUUUAUUCUUGUUGGCGGAGCUGCCGCAAACUUGCAAGGGCACCAAAGAGUGACGCUCGAUGUAGACAUUCUGAUCCGCGACCCGAUCAUUCUCCACCAUCUCAAAAAAUUUGACGGCUUCGAGUUGGUUGGUGGAAUGUUACAUUAUGAAUCGGUUCAAAUCGAUUUGCUAACGACUAUCGACGAUACGCUCUCUUAUGAGCAGGUCAAUCAGCAUGCCGAAGCCAUUGAAGCCGUUCAAGGGGUCCGUCUUCUAAAGCCAGACUUUGCAUUAGCAGUGAAAGUGAGGUGUUCAUAUCUUAAGAAGGAAGAUGACAAGGGGAUCAGAAAACGAACGUCUGAUCUAAUAGACGCAGUCUUCUGGGCUGAAAGACUUGAGGAAGCCGGCCAGCAAAUGUCUGGCUCGUGCGCUAAAUACUCCCCAUCAGCUACUAUCAAGUGUUUUUCCUGA